AUGUGGGACGUCGUAAGCCGCGUUGGAAAAGCGGCUUACCGCACCGCUGCGUUGACUGGUCUAGCUGCUGGUACGGAGCAACCGCCAUAUCCCUGUGCGCUUCCGUUAAAAACUGUGAGCAGCGAUAGUGACGUUGAUUCCAUGAGAGAAGUGCUUAACAGCGCCUUUGAUGCUUCAAAAGACAUGUUGGAAAACAAUGGGGAGCACCAGUGGCAACUUGUGGAUUAUGUGGACCCUGAGGAAGGAGGCGACUUGCAUUUGUUUACUCGUCCACGAGUUGGACCUUUUAACUUCGUCAAAGCCACCCUGUCCUUCAUGGGUGUUUCACCACAGAAUGUGCUGGACACGAUGCACAGCGACAACGCCGAUGACCGCAAACGAUACUCCGCAAAUCUCUCCCACUUUGAAGUGUUGGCCAAACCCAUGGCUGGGUGCGCCAUAGAGUUACACAAGUAUUGGGCACCACCGCCCGUGGCUGGCCGCGAGUUUGUCUUCGCUGCGGAGAAGAAAUAUGUUGAGAGUGAGAAUGUGUACUAUGUGCAUGGCUGUAGCAUCGACUACACCCCACAGAUGGAAACCUCAAAAGGCUUUGUCCGUGCAGCUUGCUUGUGGGCAUGGAAACUGAUGCCUGUGGGUGACAACACCUUGGCAACUUAUGUGAGUUGUAUGAACCCCCGCGGGUGGACGCCACCGUUUAUUUUCGGUUGGCUGAAGUCGGAGAUUGGAAAAGAACUUGUUGCUUGCCGCCGUGUGUUGUAUGGUGAAACCGUCAAAGUUGAACGAACCACGCUUCAAGGCAUGGGCCUAUCAGACGAGGUGAACAAUUUGACAGACGAGGAGCGAAAAAGGAUGUCAGAGGGGGAACCCCAACCCGAGGCCUCUUAA